UGGUUCCCUGACAGGAGCAGCGCAGCAAAGAUGUCUGAUCUCAGCCAAGUCGUCAUCAACAUUGACACCUCAGACAUUUACAAGAAUGUGUUCUGCAACCCUGCCUUUGAGCUGGAGGGGGAGUGUGAAGAACAUGCGGAGGGAUUUCGAGCGACCUCGUCCACCUCUGAGCCAAUUAAACCACAAACAACUGGCCGAGGUUGGGGUCUUUUUGUGGUGUGUGUUCUGCCAUUGCGGCAUCGAUGUAGACUGGUGGUCUCUGCUGCCGCCCUGCUCCUGGUUGCAGCGCUUGGCCUGACGUUGGCCCUCAUCCUCACGCAGACUAAAGGUGAAGAGGUUGAGGAGCAGCUCCUGUCCACCAGCCCGUCAAACAUGCAGAACGCAGGAGAUGGAGAAGGGCCCACAAGUCCUGCAACCAGAAACCAACAUGACAGUACGGCGGCCAUGCCCACGACUCAAACACGUUGUGGUGGAUUUUUAACCGAAUCCGAAGGCUUCUUCAGCUCACCAAACCAUCCCGGCUCCUAUCCGCCUAACACAUUGUGCGUGUGGGUGAUCCAAGCCACGCCCCCUCACUUGAUCCAGAUCCAUGUGUCGUCGCUGAACGUGGAGGGUCCGUCUCCAUGUCUUUUUGACUGGUUGGAGGUGCAGGAGCACGUGGAGCACAGCUCUUUGGCCACCAGGUUCUGCGGUGUCGUCGCUCCACCGACGGUCAACACAAACAGCAGCACGGUAUGGGUGACCUUCCGCUCCGACGGCAGCAUCGCAGGCAGCGGCUUCACGGCGCAGUACAGGACAUUACUGCCCGGACACAAGAGUUGCUCCAGAGAGGAGUUCAUGUGUGACGGAGGUCGCUGUCUGCUGCCCGUGUCCGUGUGUGACGGUCACCCAAACUGCCAGGACCAACAAGACGAGGCCAACUGCAGCCAGAAACACAAUGAAUGCGGUGGGCAGAAGACGAGGCCUCAUGGCUUCCUGGCAAGUCCAAACCACCCCAGGCCUUACCCUCACCAGCAGUUCUGUGUAUGGCGCAUAUCUGUCGAGGAAGGCCACGUCAUCACACUGAGCUUCAAAAACUUCAGCCUGGAGAUUCAGGAUGUGUGCGAGUUUGAUUACGUGGAAGUUCAUGACAGCAGCAACACGGGAUCUGGAAGAGUUCUGGGAAGGUUUUGUGGAACCACCCUCCCCCCGGACCUGACCUCAUCCGGCCACCACAUGACCGUGUUGUUUGUGGCUGAUGAGGGAGUGGCUGACAGUGGCUUCAACGCAACAUAUCAGUCUGUGUCCCUGCUGGAUAGGACAUGUGGUCCGAGCCAGUUUGCAUGCAGCACCGGGGAGUGUCUUCAGCCACAGUGGUUGUGCGACGGCUGGAACGACUGUUCAGAUGGAGCAGAUGAACAAGAUUGUGGCAACUCCACCUAUCCUUCCUUCACUUCACCGUGCGAGUCCAUCGAGGUGGAGAUGUGUCUGGGCCUCAGCUACAACCUCACCUCGUUCCCCAACAUUUGGCUUUCCAUCGCCGAUCAGAGAGAAGCUGCCACCGUUUUGCGACAGUACAGGGUUCUGAUGGAGCUGGCCUGCUUCGAGCCCUUGAGGAGACUGGUUUGUGGGAUGUUCCUGCCACAGUGCAGCCCCCAAGGAGGAGUUCUCCAGCCCUGUCGCUCAGUCUGCUCCUCGGCCGAGCAACAGUGCAGCCAAGCGCUGGACCUCUUCUCCUUCAGCUGGCCCUUUAACUGCCAUCUCCUGCCGGACUCAAACGACCCCGUGGAGUGCUCACUGCCUUGACUGGCUCUUUGGAAAAUGAUCAGUGUUGAUAAAAGAAAGAAAGAGCUUGUUGAGGCCUGCCAAACGCUGCACAACAUCAGACAUAUAGCUGCUUUCAAUCAUACUGUUGACAAAUUUGUUUAACUUUCCAGAAAAACUAACAAAAAAAAUUUGUCUAAAACAAUACUAGUCACGUUUAUCUACCUUCUUGGCAAAGGAUCAUGGUCCAUCACAAUGACCCCACAUACACGGAUACGUUGGCGAUGACGUCCAGCAUGCUAGCUGGGCAAUAGCUGCAACAAACUCCCAGAAAUGUGUUUAGUCUACAUCAGGGGUCUCAAACACGCGGCCCGCGGGUCAAAUGCGGCCCGCAGGACACUAGUUUGAGGCCCCCGCCUUGAUAUGAAAGUUUAAUGUUAGUGCGCCCCGUGCAAGUUUGAUAUGGAUGCUGUAUGGUAUCAUGUACCCAGAAAAAAUUAUUACGUUUGAUUAAUGUUCAUGUUAAAGGUUAAAUAACUGUUAA